GGCAUUGUGGAGUCGAGCCAUGCUGGUGGUGAUGACGAUUUUCAGAUUCUGGGUGUAUUUAUCCGCAAUCUGUUAUUCGGAAUUUCUGAUUGAUUGUCUGCAGAGAAGAAUUCAGUACUCAUCGUUAGUACGGAACAAACAUCCGAAGAUCUGAAGUUCCCAAAACCUGAAACAAAACACUUUGAGAUUCAGUAAAGUGAAGAGAAAGACACGAUCAUGGCUAGUAGCACCGAGUUCCGAGACAUGAACGAUGGUUUGCAUGAUGAUCUCAGGUACCUGAUUGUGAGGCCAGAGAAGGGUGGGAUUUGGGACCUGAUGAGGUACUCAUUGUGGGGUGACACAGAGAGUGGGGUAAGGUUCUUGGAAAGCUCAGACCAGGAUUUGGUGAGUGGAGAAGCGGCUGACCGCCGUUGGGUCAUUUUGGUGUCCAUCGUAGCACGCAAGAUCAUUCACUUAUUUAGCAAGCCCAUGGAGUUCACUGGCUAUGUGGUUGACUUCUUUCUCAAUCUUAUUUCUCAGAAUGGCUCCAUCUUUGGCUUGUUACACAACCUUCUCCAUGGAGACGUAGUUAUACCAAAGAGAGGCACUGAGACUUUUAUUAGUAGUAUUGGACACUUAGAUGAGCGAGUAGACCUCUACCAGGGCAAGAAGUUAGUGGAAGAUUUGCAUAAUUCUGCUCCAGGGGAGGGAGUCAGAAAAGUUGAAUUGGAUGACCGAGCAACAAUGGACCUAUGUAUGAUGGCAUCCAAGCUAGCAUAUGAGAAUGCUGAAGUUAUUAGGAAUGUUGUGGUUCAUCAUUGGAAGAUGCACUUCGUGGACUUCUACAACUGCUGGGAUGAUUACCAAAAGGAGAAAUCCACUCAAGUUUUUAUGCUAUGCGACAAGCCUAAGGAUGCAAAUCUAAUAUUGAUCAGCUUUCGGGGCACAGAACCUUUUGAUGCUGACGAUUGGUGUACUGAUUUUGAUUACUCUUGGUAUGAAAUUCCAAAACUAGGAAAGAUUCAUAUGGGAUUUCUGGAGGCAUUAGGUUUGGGCAACAGAGAAGAUACUGCUACCUUUCAUUAUCACCUUCAGAAGAAGAGGACAAAGCACACCUGUUCAGAAGCUGCAGAAGUAAACUCCUCAAAUGCAGAUGGCCACUCUGAAAGGUCUGCUGGUAUUGGUAACAAGGACAUCCUGCCAGAAAUGGUGGAGAUGACUGCAUACUAUCUGGUGAGACAAAAGCUCAAGAGCUUGCUUGAAGAGCACAAGAAUGCAAAAUAUAUAGUCACUGGGCAUAGUUUAGGAGGGGCUCUUGCUAUUUUGCUUCCAAUAGUGCUGGUGCUACAUGAGGAGAUGAAGCUAGUUCAAAAGUUGUUGGGAGUAUACACAUUUGGACAGCCAAGGGUUGGGAACAGACAGCUUGGGAGGUUCAUGGAAGCUCAUUUAGAUCACCCGGUCCCCAAGUACUUCAGAGUAGUUUACUGUAAUGACCUGGUGCCCAGGUUGCCUUAUGAUGAUGAAAACUUCUUGUAUAAGCAUUUUGGGGUGUGCCUUUACUACAACAGCUGUUAUAUUGAGCAGAUAAUGGAUGAGGAGCCAAAUAAAAAUGACUUUGGGAUAACACAUCUGAUCACGGAACAUCUCAAUGCGGUUUGGGAGUUAAUAAGAAGUUUGACAAUGGGAUUCACCCAUGGGCCAGAGUAUAAGGAAGGAUGGUUCUCCAUAUUUCUCAGGAUACUAGGAUUGGCAAUGCCCGGUAUAGCAGCACAUUGCCCUACAGAUUAUGUCAACUCUGUGAGGCUGGGAAAGUUGCGCACUAUUCAGAUGUCCUCCUACUAAGAAUCUUCUCUUCCCAACGAUUUUAGUGAUAAGCCUGCAAGUAUUCCAAUCAUAAAGUAAUGAGGUCAACUGGUAAUUGGUGUGAUAAUGUUGUGCUGUCUAGUAAUUUAUUUCUGUUCCUAAGUAAGGUUAUUUUUUUCUUCAAAAAAGAAAUUUUUUCUCUUGUUUGCAUUUCAGUGUGCAGUCCCUUUUUUUCGUGUAUCAUUAUUAGCUUUGUACUUACAGUUUCUACCAGUGUACUUGUCAACUAUUGAAUUUGUUGCAGAAAAGAUUUGAUGUUCACUUCAUAUUCUUUGUUACUAUAAAAAAGUUUCACUACUCAAAUGUGUGCUAAUGUGAGAAUUAUUGCAUGAAACCUGCUGCUGUUAAACUAGGGCACCACCUCAGUUGAAAAUUUUAAGUACUCGACGCUGAUGAGAUGAGAUGAGCACUAAACCAUAUCAGAGUAGAUGCCAUAAAUAGCCAUAUAAGAGCAGCACUUGCAGAUCAUGACUCAGUGUCACAUCAGAUAAUGCUUAGUUCCAGCUCUGAACCAUGAAGAAUUAAAAAAAAAAAAAA